AAUGGCGAAACCUAGUUUAUUCUAUCUUUCAGCUGCUUUUGUUUUACUGUCUGUUUCCAGUUCGUUGUCGGCACGACCCCCAAAUCCCCCAAUCCAUGACACUUUUCUUCAGUGCCUCACGCAACAUGCAAACUCCACAACCCCACUUGCCGACAUAGUUUUCGACAACACAAACCCCAAAUUCCCCAUUGUGCUCGCAAACUACAUCCGAAACGCCGGUUUUAACACCUCCUCCACGACGAAGCCGUUACUCAUCGUAACUCCCAUGGUAGAAUCCCAUGUCCAGGCUGCUGUAUUAUGCGCCAAAUCUGCCAACGUUCAACUCAGAAUCAGAAGUGGAGGCCAUGAUUAUGAGGGCCUCUCUUACAUCUCCCCGAAACCCUUUAUCCUCCUUGACAUGUCCAACCUUCGCACGAUCACCGUCGACGUUAAAAACGAGCUUGCCGUGGUCCAAGCCGGUGCCAUUCUUGGCGAGCUUUAUUAUAGGAUCUGGGAAAAGAGUAAGGUUCAUGGCUUCUCUGCAGCGGUGUGUCCCACUGUUGGCGUUGGUGGCCAUAUCAGCGGAGGAGGGUAUGGUACCAUGUUGAGAAAAUAUGGCUUAUCUGUUGACAAUGUUAUUGACGCUCAAAUUGUUGAUGUGAAAGGAAAUCUUCUAAACAGAAAAACAAUGGGGGAAGAUCUUUUCUGGGCUAUUAGAGGAGGUGGAGGGGCCAGUUUUGGUGUCAUAGUGUCGUUUACGAUUAAAAUUGUUCCCGUGCCGGAAACGGUUACCUUUUUCCGAGUUGACAGGACUUUGGAACAGAAUGCCACUGACCUUGUGUUGCAGUGGCAGCAGGUGGCGCCAACCACUGAUGACAGGCUUUUCAUGAGGUUACUAUUGUCGCCCAGUGGGAAAACUGCUACAGCCUCGGUUGUUGCUUUGUUCCUCGGAGGGGCUAAUGAGCUUUUGCCGAUUUUGGAUAAGCAGUUUCCGCUUCUAGGGUUAAAGAAGGAGAAUUGCACUGAGGGGAGGUGGAUUGAUUCUGUUAUCUGGUUUGAUGAUGAAGAGGCUUUUGAAAAGGGUGCCAAACCUGAAGUCCUAUUGGAGCGGAAUCCCAACUGGGCUCUUUUUCUUAAAAGAAAGUCUGAUUAUGUUCAGAAUGCUAUUCCCAGAGAAGGGUUGGAGCUUUUGUGGAAGACGAUUAUUGAAAUGGGGAAAACGGGGCUUGCUUUCAACCCUUAUGGCGGGAAAAUGUCUCAGAUUCUUCCUGAUGCAACUCCGUUUCCUCACCGUAAAGGGAACCUGUUCAAGAUUCAGUACUCUGUGACCUGGUCAGAUCCAUCACCUGCUGCGGCUCAGAAUUUCUUAAAUCAGACUAGGGUUUUGUACAGUGUGAUGACCCCAUAUGUGUCGAAGAAUCCCAGAAGUGCCUUUUUGAAUUACAGGGAUAUUGAUAUUGGCACUAACAGCUUUGGUAAGAAUAGCUUUGAAGAAGGGGAGGUUUAUGGGGCCAAAUACUUCAAUGCCAAUUUUCAGAGGCUGGUCAAGGUUAAGACUGCGGUUGAUCCGGAAAACUUUUUCGCGUAUGAGCAGAGUAUUCCUGUAAGUCCCACCAAAGCAUAGAGGAAUCAAACAAUGGAGAAUAUUGCCUAGCUACUUAGACCUCUCUAACAGACAAAAGUGUAUGAGAGUCUAUUCUAUACUACAAUUUUUAGUUUCAAAUAAUCCCUAACGCAACAAACUGUUAGUUUGUGUAGUUAUAGGAAGAUUUUGUAUUAAAUAAUAGACUAAAACAUGUCUUUGGUCCCUAUUAAAUGAUCACCAAAGUUUGAUUUUAGUUCUUAGGAAAUUUUUCUUCUAUUUUUGGUUCCUUUUAUAAUGUGGUACCUUAUUCUUUGGAGUUAUAUUUGGAGUUAGAACCCACUUUUUGUUGACACGUGUAACUAUGUUUUUUUUUUUUUCUUUUUCUAUCAUCCCAACCUCCUUCCUCCUCUUCUCCUUCCCACUCUCUUCCUUUUUUCCCUCUCCAACCUUGGUACCUCUGCAACGUCCUACCUCCAACACCACCACCACGAACCAGAUCCGUCGC